GUAAAGGGACAUCAGGGCUAGCAUGAGUCAUUUAUAGAGCCAGUCAGGGCUAGAAAAGAGAAAGAAAGAGGAGGGGAAGAGAGAUCAAACAAAUGCUGAGGAGCAGGAUGGCCCAGCAACACAAAGCCAGGCUGUGAGCAUCAUGUAUGUGAGUUAUCUGUUGGAUAAAGAGACCAGCAUGUAUCCAGGAUCCGCAAGGUGCAGCAGCAACAACCUGCCAGUGCAAAACUUUGUGUCCACUCCACCCUAUUCCGAUUACAUGGGAUAUCAUCAUGUGCCAACUCUGGACACCCAUGGACAGCCUGCGGGAACCUGGGGAUCGCACUACGGCCCACAGAGGGAGGACUGGAACGCUUACGGCCCAGGACCUUCCAGCACAGUUGCUGCUGCACAGCUCAAUGGCUCGUCUCCCAGACAGGUCUCCUACAGUUCUGCUGACUACAGCUCCCUCCAUCCCGCUGCAGCUGGGGGGUUACCUCCUGUAGAUACAAUUAAUGCGCAGCAAAUCUCUCCCAGCAGCCAAAGGCACAGCUCUUACGAAUGGAUGAGGAAAACGGUGCAAUCUACUUCUACAGGUAAAACAAGAACAAGAGAGAAGUACCGAGUGGUUUACACAGAUCAUCAGAGAUUAGAAUUAGAGAAGGAAUUUCAUUACAACAGAUACAUUACAAUCAGGAGGAAGUCUGAACUUGCUGCAAACCUAAGACUUUCCGAGAGACAGGUGAAAAUCUGGUUCCAGAAUCGCAGAGCCAAAGAAAGAAAAUUAAUGAAGAAGAAAAUGACUCAUUUUGAUGGCAGCAAUCUUGGCUCUAUGCAGAGUGACUCUGGCUCAGUGAGCCCGAUGCCAGUUCCUGACCAACAGACUCAUUCAGAAAUGUCCGGUUCUUUAUUCCCCGCUCCACCUCCUCCACCUCCGCUUCCCAUGAAUGGUUUGCAGCACAACGGGAACCUGCAGCAGCAAUGCCCACUAAAAGUGUUCUGGAACUACAGUGUAAAUUCCUACUACACACUGAAGAUGCAGUGGUUCUGUAGCUCUGAAGCUACUGCCGUGCUGGACCUGAGCAGGAAGGGACAUGUGCAUGGCCAAGAAAUCGCUCUUGGGAAGGCAGACUCGGAUUAA